GUGGCUCCGUCAGACUGAAGAGACACUGUGUAUGUCCCUGAAGCUUAUUUUAAAGGGGCAAUCCAUCCACCCUCCGUACCUUUCUGCGCAUGUGCGAAAUAGCAGGCAAGAAACCGGCAUGUCGUCAGCCAUAUUAGCAAUCUUUUACCACGUUGUUCGAAGAGGUUCAUUGAAAGUUUUUUUCAGUUCUUUUCUCUGGUUAUUUAAGCUGAUCAUAAGAUGGAUGUUUCGCAAGGACGAUCACCGGAAUUCACCCGAUUCUCUUUCUGUGAGCAAACAACCCAAAUCCUGGUAUCGCUGUAGUGUUUGUGGGACAACAUCUCGAAAAACACCAGACAGGAAAUUUUUCAGAUUUCCUAAGGAUCCUAUUAGAUCAAAACAAUGGGCUCCCGCAUGCAGUAAUCAAGACUUGUUAAAUAUAAUCACCAACUAAUUUGUAUAAAACUGCACUAAUAUGUUCGUCACACUCCAAAGAUCAUGAUUACUGUUCACCAAAGAUGCGAUAUUUACAUUCCUGUGCAGUGCCGACAAAAUUUGAACAAACAGGUAUCUACAGUGUUUACUGUUAUUAUUUCAAUAUGCUUAACAAUAGUGCCAUCUAAGAAAUAACUCAUCAAUAAUAGUGGAUCACCUGUCAUGUUAUGCUCAAAGAAUACUGUGCAACAAAAUUGAUGGUUUGGAUCGCCUGUCAAGACUUGUUAAAUAAAUCACCAACUGAUUUGUAUAAAACUGCACUAAUAUGUUCGUCACAUUUCAAAGAUCACGAUUACUGUUCACCAAAGAUGCGAUAUUUACAUUCCUGUGCAGUGCCG